AUGUUGCCUGUGGUAGCGGGGCUGCUGCUCGCCGUGGCCGCGGGCGGCCGCRCGGCCGCCGUGGGCGACUCGGAAAGCCCGCCGGGCAGCCGCUUCGUGUGCACCUCGCUGCCGCUGGACGCGGCCGGCGCCGGCUGCCCGGUGCCCAUGCAGGGCGGCGCGCUGCCCCCCGAGGAGGAGCUGCGGGCCACGGUGCUGCAGCUGCGGGAGACCGUCCUGCAGCAGAAGGAGACCAUCGGCAGCCAGCGCGACGCCAUCCGCGAGCUCACGGGCAAGCUGAGCCGCUGCGAGGGCACCGACGGCAAGGGCGGCACGGCAGCCUGGAGGAAGGAGCUGUCCAAGGGCAAGGACACCAUGGGAGACCUGCCGCGGGACCCGGCGCAGGUCAUCGACCAGCUGAGCCGCACCAUGCAGACCCUGAAGGACCGUCUGGAGAGCCUCGAGCACCAGCUCCGGGCCAACGUGUCCUACGCAGCGCUGCCUCCGGAGCUCCGAGAGAUGCUGCAGCGGAGGCUUGGGGACCUGGAGCGCCAACUCCUGACCAAAGUGGCCGAGCUUGAGGAUGAAAAGUCUCUGCUUCACAACGAGACCUCAGCCCACAGGCAGAAGACAGAGACAGCCUUGAAUGCGUUGCUAGAAAGAGUAUCCGAACUAGAAAAAGGCAAUAGUGCGUUUAAAUCACCUGAUGAAUUCAAAGUGUCUCUUCCUCUUCGCACGAACUAUUUAUAUGGGAAGAUCAAGAAGACUCUGCCAGAGCUCUAUGCUUUCACCGUGUGCUUGUGGUUGAGAUCAAGUGCUUCUCCUGGAAUUGGCACUCCAUUCUCAUAUGCUGUUCCUGGUCAAGCUAAUGAAAUUGUCCUCAUAGAAUGGGGGAAUAAUCCAAUUGAACUUCUAAUUAAUGAUAAGGUUGCCCAGCUCCCUCUCUUUGUUAGUGAUGGAAAAUGGCAUCAUAUAUGUGUAACGUGGACAACCAGAGAUGGCAUGUGGGAGGCGUUCCAGGAUGGAGAGAAGCUUGGCACUGGAGAGAAUCUAGCUCCGUGGCACCCGAUUAAACCUGGAGGCGUCCUCAUCCUCGGUCAGGAGCAGGACACAGUAGGAGGAAGAUUUGAUGCAACUCAAGCCUUCGUGGGGGAGAUGAGCCAAUUCAAUAUAUGGGACAGGGUCUUAAAAGCCGAAGACAUCAUGAACAUUGCCAACUGCUCUACCAACAUGCCUGGCAACAUCAUACCCUGGGUUGAUAAUAACGUUGAUGUGUUUGGAGGUGCAACUAAGUGGCCUGUGGAGACAUGUGAAGAGCGCCUGCUAGAUUUAUAGCCGUGAUCCUUUCCCAUUUAAGUGCCCCUUUUUAGUAGGACAAUCUUUUGUGCAAUCUAAAGCACUUAUUUUUCUCUCUCUGCCCUUCCCUAAUUCCUCUGAGGAAUAAAAAAAAAAACGGAGCGAGCUGCCUGGAUGCAAAGAGAACUGGUGGUUUGGGGCACUGAGCCUCACGAUGAAAGAUGCACCUCUUAGCUAGAGCAGCCCUUACUCUCCUACAGCCUGGUCCAACAUGGGCUUUUUGCAGUAACCUGUGGGGUUGUAGUUCAGUGCAUCAGUCCUGACAGGCACGGGGAGCAGCCUUGUAUGUGUUACCUGUAGUUCUCCUUUUGAUAACACGCAGUGCUGACAAAGCACUAAGAUUAACAGGCUAAAAGUGGAUCUCCCGUCCUUCUAUCUUCCCCCCUUUGAAUUCAAGCAAAUACUUUUGUUUUUUUAAGCUCUUUUUAAAGAAAUUAUCUAAUUCCUAUACUACAGCGGCAUAGCUCAACCAUGGGUAGAGCAGAACAGCUGCUAUUGGGAGUACAAUGGUCUUGCUUUUCAGUGCAUCAGAAAUCCUUGUUUUAUGGCAGAGGGUGAUAUAUUUGAUGUAAAUGCCAUUCUAGUUAAAUUCAAAGAAGGGCUGGAUUCCUUGCUUGUGUAAUGAACUUAGCUUCACUGAACUCAAGAGAUGCUUCRGGUGAGGCUCGGUCCCCAAACCUCUCUUUCCUUAGCCAGGCUUCCCAUAUAGGUGGAUGGAUGAAUGAUUUUCUUUGUAUUUUCUGUAGGCUGAAUGUAUUGAAUUUGCGGUGACCUGACUUGUAAACACUUCUCUAUUGUUUCUCUCGUUUUAGUCUAUGUCUUUAUUUUUGAAGUAUACAAGCUGUGAUUAAGUGAAUUUCAGUUUUGUUUUGAAAGGCCUUUUUAUGAGCAAGUGCCAAAGUUCAGUUUCUGCUUGCUGAGAAUCACUAUAUAUUUUUCCAGCCUGAGUCUUCUGUAAUGUUUUCUGUGUUAUAAUGGUCCUAUGUAAUAUGAAGAUGUGCUGUUUUUUCAAUUCUUGUUGAUUGUCUCUUCUGUAAGCACUGGGCCGGCUACUACUUUUUUAUCAUUUUCUCUGAAUAUUUUGCAAACAAUGUUGCUGUUUUCUUGGCAUUGAUGUGACUACUUGGUUUGUGGCUCGCAGAUAGCAAAU